GGACAGGGCAUGGUGACAAGGGACAGGGCCCAGUGGCGCAUGGCAGAGGUGGCACUGCAAGGUGGCACUUAGUGGGGCACAGUGGCACGUGGCAGGGCACAGUGACACUCGGCAGGGCAUGGUGGCAUUUGGCAGGGCACAGUGACACUCGGCGGGACGAGGUGGCGCAUGGCAGGACAAGGCGGCACUUGGCAGGGCACGGUGACACAGGGCAUGGUGGCACCGGACGGGGCGCGGUGACACGGGGCAGGGCACGGUGACCAGCGUCAAGGCGCUGUGGCGCACGGCAGAGCGAGGGGACACACAUCGGGGCACGGUGACUCGGGGCGCACGGAGGCGGCACGCGGCAGUGCGGGGUGACACGGAGCUGUGGCACGGGAGCGAUGUCUCUUACGGGCAGCAUCGACAGCAAGUCCGAGAAGCCCAUGUCCCUCAUCUGGGGGUGCGAGCUGAGCAGCGAGCGGGACUCCUACACCUUCCAGGUGCCCGAGGAGUGGCAGUGCGAGCAGCAGCUGGCCCUGCGCACAAUCUGCCUGGGGGAGAAGGCUCGCGACGAGUUCCACGUGGUGGAGAUCGUGCCGCCGGAGGACGGCAAGCCUCGCGCCCCCGUGCCGCUCGCCACGCUCAAGCCCUCGGUGCUGCCCAUGGCCACCCUGGUGGGAGUGGAGCUGACGCCCCCGGUCACCUUCCACCUGCGGGCAGGAUCCGGCCCCGUCUACAUCAGCGGGCAGCACAUCUCCCUGAUGCCCGACCUGUCCUGGGAGGAAGAGGAGGAGGAGGAGGAGGAUGAAGAGGAGGAGCUGGCGGAGGAGUCCCCGGAGAAGCCCCCCAAGGGCCAAGCCGCCAAGAAGGGCAGUGCCGCCAAGAAGAGGAGGCUGGAGAAGGAGGACGAGCAGAACAACGCCGCCCCCGAGGAGCCCCUUCCCGGCAAGGGGCGAGGAGCCGGCCGGGGCAAGAAGAAGGCAGCGGCGAAGAAGUAACGUGGGCUGCGCCCCGCCAGGGUCUGGCGCAGGAGAGGCUGGAAACCUGCUGCUUUUUGUGUUCUCCCCCAAUAAAGGAUCUCCUUUUGCA